AUGGCCCCUCCACACGCACUCGCAGAAACGGCGGCUCUUCCGGACCAAGCUACCUUAAUCAGCGAUAUCAAAGCAACAGCUAAAAGCCAAACUGGAACUGAUAUCCCUUCAUAUGCGAUUCCUGCACCUACUUACGCCGAAGCUUUUGAUACAACUGAGGAAACUAGCUACGAGUAUGACUACCUCCUUCCCAGCUUUCCCGACGUUAAGUGGGAACCUUUAGCUGAGUUUGAGGUCGACCCCGAUCGCGGGCUGUUCGGGGAUGAAAAGUACUCGCGGCUUCUUAGCAAUAGCGUUACAGCUGAGAACGUACUUCCUACCAUUGGAACUGAACUCAAGGGAGUGCGUCUAGCGGAUCUCACCAACGAGCAGAAGGACGAUCUGGCUCGGUUGGUAGCCCACCGCGGUGUGGUCUUUGUUCGUGACCAAUCGGACUUUACUGUCGAGAAACAGCUGGAUCUUGGUCGAUACUGGGGCAAGCUUCAUAAGCACGCUACCACCGGUCUCCCGAAGAAAGCAGGUCUUGAGGAAAUUCACGUUGUUUACGCUGACGGAAAGCGACCUCCACGAAACAACCAGUUUACACAGCAAGAACUUUGGCAUUCGGAUGUCACAUACGAGCUUCAACCUCCCGCUUAUACCUCAUUUAGGGUAAUCACCACCCCUCCUGGUGGUGGCGGUGACACUCUCUGGGUGUCGGGAUAUGCAGUCUACGACCAGCUUUCACCCGCCUUCCAGCAGUAUCUCGAGGGAUUGAGCGCCAUUCACUCAGCUCACGAGCAAGCACAGGGCGCCCAGGCCUCUGGAACAACGGUUCGCCGUGAUCCUAUCACUACUGUCCAUCCGCUAGUCCGGACGCACCCCGUUACGGGAUGGAAGUCUGUCUUUGUUAAUCCAGGAUUCACUCGCUCGAUCGUUGGAGUUCCUAAAGCCGAGUCUGAGGCUAUUCUUUCGUUCCUCUUCAAGCUGAUCUCGCAAUCCGUGGAUGUGACUGUCCGCUGGAAGUGGUCAAAGGAUGCCGUGGCAAUCUGGGACAACAGAUCCACGAUACACUCAGCUACCUACGACUUUUGGCCAGAAAAGCGGCAUGCCAUUCGCGUCACUCCACACGGUGAGCGGCCAGUUUUCAAGGGCGGAAAGAGUAGGCAGGAGGAUCUGGACGAAAAGGCGGGCCAUCCCAAGGGCUUGAGAAAGCAAGUUGGCUCAUUAAAGGUCUCAGGUUACAAUGACUAGGAGGGGUCUGCAAUUUUUGUUGAAUAUCA